UCCGCCUUUUCUCUCGCCGACUACUCGGUCACUCUUGACUUUUUUUGGGCUUCGUAAAAUCUAGCACUUCCCCUGCUGCUCACUGUUCGCAUCUCACUCAAUGGAGGGAGAAACAAGCUAGAUGGAGUUCAAUUGCUCGAGUCGUCUUCUUGAUUGAGUCAGGGUGUUUUGUCAGUUCUUUGAUAGUUGUAGAUUUGGAAGUUGAUGGUUGGAAAGAUGUUGGGUCGUUCUUCUCUUCACCGAACUGGAAGCUUUAGACCGGAGAAUCUGGGUCAGAAUGCGCUUGCCCUGAUUGGGAACCUUUGUUUUACUCUGUUUGUGGUUGGGGUUUUGAUUUUUACAAUUAUUGCCGCCACAUACGAACCUGAGGACCCUCUUUUUCACCCAUCGACCAAGAUCACUACCUUCUUGACAUCCAACUCCAAUGCCACUUUUAAAACUGAUAGCACUGUUAUGAAGACUGGGGAGGAUUUCAUGGCUGCCAACCAAACUGCAUUUGCAACCUUCCUCAAUGAAACUGAUAUUGUCAAAAUCAUCGAUGCUGAAAACUCCGCCUUGGGUGCUUCUAACGAAGCAGCCUCGCCUGAGUGCAAUGGCAAUGUGGAUGACCCCAUCGAUUGCCGCGACCCCGAGGUUUUCCAUUUGAUGAUGGAGCACACGAUCGAACUGUUCAAGGACAUUCAUUUUUAUCGAUUUGGGAAACCAGUUCGUGGGUCUAAUGACAGCACCUGUGAUAUGGCGUGGCGGUUCCGGCCCAAGGAAGGCAAGAUUGCUGCUUUUUACAAAGACUAUAGAAGGUUUGUGAUUACUAGAUCUGCGAAUUGCACUCUAAGUAUCAUUAGCAUAGGUGACUACCAUACUGGUGUGAAUGCAAGGAAGAGGAAAAAGAAUCCAAAACAUAAUUUUGAGAAGAAAAUGGAGCAGCUAGAGCAAGCGGUCGCUUUGCCUGUUGUUGGGGAGGCUGUGAAUGAUUCCCUCCCCAUGGUCGAGUCGGAAGGCUCAUUUAGUCAUGGGAAGUACUUGGUUUAUGAGAUGGCUGGAGAUAAAUGCAAGAGCAUGAACCAUUAUUUGUGGAGUUUCCUGUGUGCUUUAGGUGAAGCUCAGUAUUUGAACCGCACAUUAGUUAUGGAUUUGAAAAUUUGUCUGUCAUCUAUAUAUACUUCAUCAAAUCAAGAUGAAGAUGGAAAAGAUUUCAGGUUUUAUUUUGAUUUCGAGCAUCUGAAAGAAUCUGCAUCCAUCUUGGACCAGGGUCAGUUUUGGUCUGAUUGGGAGAAAUGGCAAAAGAAAGACCGUUUAGGCCUUCAUCUUGUUGAGGACUUCCGGAUCACACCAAUGAAACUUAAAGAUGUGGAAGAUGCCUUGAUAUUGAGAAAGUUUGGGUCUGCAGAGCCAGAUAAUUAUUGGUAUAGGGUCUGUGAAGGAGAAACCGAAUCUGUAGUUAAGCGACCAUGGAAUUUGAUAUGGAAAUCAAGACGUAUGAUGGAAAUUGUAUCUUCCAUUGCAUCAAGAUUAAAUUGGGAUUACGACUCAGUUCACAUAGUGAGAGGCGAGAAAGCAAAGAACCAGGAGCUCUGGCCAAAUCUUGCUGCUGAUACUUCACCUGAUACACUUCUCUCAACAUUGCAAGACAAGAUUGAAAGCGGAAGAAACCUUUACAUUGCUACAAAUGAACCAAACACGGCUUUCUUCGACCCCUUGAAAGAUAAAUACUCUACACAUUUUCUCGACGAAUACAAGGAUCUUUGGGACAAAGGCAGUGAAUGGUACACUGAAACAAUGGAACUCAACAAUGGGGUUCCAGUGGAAUUUGAUGGAUAUAUGAGAGUAUCAGUUGACACCGAAGUGUUUUUAAGAGGGAAAAAGCAGCUUGAAACAUUCAACGACCUCACGAACGAUUGCAAGGAUGGAAUCAAUACCUGCAGCGUUGCAUCCAAUUAGUCAUUCGCCAUUUAUUUCUGGAAUUGUGCUGAAUCAGAGGUCUUAUUUCUGUUGCUUUGAGAACCGAUUGAUAGAUUAAGAAAUGACUUAGCUUAAUAAUGAGUUUUGUACUUGCAUUAGUAACUAUCCUUUAGUCGGACUAAUGUUUCAGUUGUUGAGCUUCUGUGUUUGCUGA